GAAGAAGGACUUCCGGUUUGGUGCAAUUACAUUGGCGCCGUCUGUGGGAAACGAACUGAAAGCUUUCUGGUUGCUCUUUCAUCAUGGUUCACACUCGAUCAGUCCGAGCUGGUAAUUCAUCUCUGCCUCAUGGCCAAGGUCAACCCCCCAACAGCCUCCCAUCCCUGAUCCCACCUCAAAUUCCACCUCAGCUUCCACCUCAAGUCCCAGUUAUGUUCCCUCCUGUUGAUCAUGCAGAAGGAGGAGAUGAAAAUCAACCUCAUGUCUCAGCUCACAAUUCAACUUCCACUGCCAAUCACGAUGUAGUGACAGCUCAGCUCGUUGCCAUGCAGCAGCAGUUUGGUGUUUUUCAGUUGGUGCUGGCUCAGCUUUUAGCUAGAAACAAUCCUGGUGAUCCCCUCAUUAAUUUACUACACCCUGCUCAACAACCCCCAGCUCCACAACAAAAUCCCCAACCAGCUCAACCUGCUCCCGCUGUUAGUGAAUCUCAAGAUCAAUCCCACAUAGCACCCGCUCAACAACCCAUUCCUGAUGAUGUUACCCGCCGCCUUGAUAGCUUAGAAAAGCUGGUAGCUGAACACCGAGGUGCCCCACCCCCACGCCAUGCUACUGAUUCCAUACCUCAUCCCCUAAAUACCAACAUCACACUGGAACCCUAUCCUACUGGCUUCAAAAUACCACAACUGGAGACUUACGAUGGGACGAAGGAUCCCGAUGAUCACCUGCAUGCUUUUUACUCCUGCAUGCAAGCCCAGAAUGCCUCUGACGCGUUGAUGUGCAAGAUCUUCCCCUCUACUUUCCGAGGUAAUGCCCGAACUUGGUAUUACAGUUUACCUCCGAGAUCAAUUAGCUCGUAUACAGAAAUGGCAUCUGCCUUUGCCACUAAGUUUUCCAGUAGAAGGCUGAUUAGGAAAACUACUUCUGAGUUGAUGAGAGUUAAACAGAGGGAUGGAGAAUCUCUGAAGAACUAUAUGAGUAGGUUUAAUGAUGCAGUUUUGGAGGUUAGUUCUUUUGAUCAAGCCAUGGGAAUAGCAGCUGUGAUCGCUGGUCUCAAGCAUGACAGAUUCAGAGACAGUUUGAUCAAACAUGCUGCCACCACCUUCAGCAAGGUGAAUGAUCGGUCUCUCAAGUUUAUAACCGCUGAGGAGUAUACCCUGGCGCAGAAUCCACCCCCCUCUAAGAACCAGAACCCAGAAUGGAGAGAUGACAAUCCGAGCCGGAAAAGGAUGAGGAUGGCACAGAACCGAGGUCCGAUGUUGACCUCCCUACCGAGAUUCGGAAGGCCGAACUCAACACCCCAGCAACAAUCUGCAGGUAAACCUCCAGUUAAUUGGACUCCCUUUAAUCUGCCGAGGUCACAAAUUUUUAUGCAGAUAAAGAACAAAAUGGACUUGAGACGUCCUGGCCCAAUGCGAACUGCUGCUGCUAGUCGUGACCACACCAGAUAUUGUGAUUUUCAUCAAGAUCACGGCCAUACUACAGAGCAGUGCAACAGCUUAAAGUCCGAACUGGAAAGUUUAGCCCAGAAGGGAAUGCUGAAUGAGUAUGUACAGCGAGCUGAACAGCCGAGGUUUGUCAGAGAGCAGAGGCCGCAACCUCAAGGAGUCCACAAUCCCCCAAAUAGGCAAGCUGUGGUUUCCCAAUCUCACCUCUGCAUGAAGUUCCCCACCCCUAUGGGAAUAGCAACACUGCGAGGAAAUCAGGAGGUGGCCAGACACUGUUAUAUCACCUCGGUAACACAACCAACGAAGGGCAAAGAUAAGACACCAGAGGUCAUUCCCCAACAAAUUCCCGAUAAUCAGCAGGUAAUGGGUGUAGAGAUCGUUGAUAAUCGACCGGAUGAUGAAACCAGAGCUGCUCCGGUUGAAGAUGUUGAAGAAGUGCUCGUUGAUGACAGAGAUCCGAGCCAAAAAACGCAGAUCGGAACUAGAUUGAACCCGGAAGAGAGAGCAGAACUGAUAGCUUUUCUCCGAGCUAACAAUGAUGUAUUUGCAUGGACUUCGGCGGAUAUGCCAGGAAUUCCAGCUUCAGUAUGUCAACAUAAGCUCAGUACCAAUCCGUUGAAAAAACCAGUGGCUCAGAAGCGGCGUCUCUUCAGGGGGGAGAGGCUUCAGGCUGUCAAAGAAGAGGUGGAGAAGCUCCUACAGGCUGGUUUUGUCAGGAAAGUUGAUUAUUGCGAAUGGGUGGCUAACCCAGUCAUGGUGAAGAAGGCAAACGGUAAAUGGCGAAUGUGUAUCGAUUAUACAAAUCUUAACAAUGCCUGCCCCAAGGAUUGCUAUCCGAUGCCGAGCAUUGACAAAUUAGUUGAAGCGGCUUCAGGCAACGAGAGUUUAAGCCUCUUGGAUGCAUAUUCUGGGUAUCACCAGGUGCCGAUGGCUCCCGAAGACGAAGAGAAGACCUCGUUCUAUGCUGGCGAUGAAAUUUAUUGCUAUGUCAUGAUGCCAUUCGGCUUAAAGAACGCAGGUGCUACUUAUCAGAAAAUGGUAACCAUAGUCUUCCGAGCUCAGAUCGGCAAGAAUCUGGAGGUGUAUGUGGAUGACAUUGUGGUAAAGAGUCUGAAGGCAGAAAACCAUUUAGCCGACCUCGACGAAACCUUUAACAACCUCAGAAAGAACCAGGUGCGGUUAAACCCAGCCAAGUGCAUCUUCGGAGUGGAGUCUGGAAAGUUUCUAGAUGGAGAGAUUCUUUAUCUGUACCUAGAGAUUUCAGAUGAGGCCAUUAGUUUAGUCCUGGUGAGAGAGGAAGCCAAGCAGCAGAAACCAAUCUAUUAUAUCAGCAGUGUACUGCACGGAGCAGAGCUGAGGUAUCCUAUAGCGGAGAAAGCAGCACUAGCAGUUGUCACUUCGGCCAGGAAGUUGAGGCCAUAUUUCCAGUCACACCCAAUCAUCGUUCUCACAGAUCAACCUCUCAGGCAAAUUCUGCAGAAACCAGAAUGCUCUGGAAGAUUAAUUAAGUGGGCAGUAGAACUGGGGGAGUUUGAGAUCACGUUUCAGCAGAGGUCGACUAUCCGAGCUCAAGCACUAGCAGAUUUCAUUGUCGAAUGCACUCCGUGUCCCUCCACCUCCACUCCAGAACCCAACGAAUGGACCUUAUAUGUUGAUGGAGCAUCUAGUAGCAAGGGUUCAGGGGCUGGCGCUCUCUUGAUUGGUCCAGAAGGAUACCGAAGUGAACAUGCCCUGAAAUUCAACUUUGAUGCGACAAAUAACAUGGCUGAGUAUGAAGCUCUGCUACUUGGUCUACAACUAGCGUUAGAGUUGAAAAUCAGUGCAAUUCAAGUGUACAGUGACUCCCAGCUGGUGGUGAACCAAAUCAACUCUAUUUGCGAAGUCGUUGAUCCUGUGAUGGUGAAGUAUGUAGCCUUGGUGGCCGAGCUGAAGUGCAAAUUCCAAAAAUUCUGUCUGAGUAAAAUCCCCCGAGCUGAGAAUGAACAGGCAGAUUCACUCUCCAAGUUUGCCUCUGAUAGCUCUUUAAGCUCUAGAUCUGUUUUUGUAGAGGUCCUAGAUGAACCAAGCUUCAUGAAGCCUCGUGUGAUGGAGAUUAGCACAGACCCUGACACGCCGAGCUGGACUGAUUUGAUUGUCUCCUUUUUACGAGAUGGGAUCGUACCUGAGAACAGACAGGAGGCAAUGAAAUUGAGGAAGAAAGCAUCUCGAUAUACACUCGUUGAUGAGGUCCUGUAUAAGAGAUCUUUCUCACUUCCUCUUCUACGGUGUUUAAGCCCUUAUGAAUCUGAAUCUGCACUUCGGGAGGUGCACGAAGGUGUCUGUGGAAGCCAUGUUGGUGCCAGGACUCUGGCUCACAAAGUCUUACGGCAAGGAUAUUACUGGCCAAACAUGUACAAAGAUGCCACUUGCUUUGUUCAGAAAUGCCCGAAAUGUCAAUUCUUUGCACAUCUGACUCAUCAACCAGCAGAAGAGCUCACAAACAUGGUGGCCCCGUGGCCAUUUGCUCAGUGGGGACUGGAUCUUUUAGGCCCAUUUGUGAAAGGGGUUGGUGGUGUAACCCAUCUGGUUGUUGGUGUGGAUUAUUUCACGAAGUGGGUUGAAGCUCGACCUUUAUCCAGUCUUACCUCUAAGAAAGUUGAAGACUUUGUUUUCAGUUCUAUCAUCUGCAGAUAUGGGAUCCCAAAUCAGAUUGUGGCUGAUAAUGGAACUCAAUUCAAUUGCGCCUCAUUUUGAGAUUUCUGCUCCAGUUAUGGGAUCAAGUUACAGUUCACCUCCGUUUACCAUCCGGAGUCCAAUGGUAUGGUUGAAU